AUGCCUCCAGUUGCUACCGAAAAUGCUUCGGCUGAUGCCACCAAGGUCGAAACCCCUGCUCCCUACCUCAACACCAUGCCGGACAGCGAAUUCAACUGGCAAAUCACACUGGGUCAGAAAGUUGUUGCCAUCACCGGUGCCAACCGCGGUAUUGGUCUGGGUAUUGCAGAGGUGUGCCUAGCCAACUCGGCUAAGAUGGUCUACUCUCUUGAUCUGAUGGAGCCUGGCGAGGACUUCGCGGCGUUGCAGAAGCGUUACCCCAACUUCAAGUUUAUCCAGACCGAUGUGACUUCUGAAGAGAGCGUGGAGAAGGCCAUCAACCAGGUUAUUGAAGAGACUGGUCGUAUUGACGGUCUUGUGGCCAACGCUGGCAUGACCAAGCAUCAGCCUGCGUUGAAGUUUGAUCGUGCCGACCUGGAGAAGUUGUUUAACCUUAAUGUCUACGGUGCCUACUUCUGUGCCCAGAUUGCUGCCCGCAAGUUCAUCGAGCUUGGCAUCAAGGGUUCUAUUGUGAUGACCUCCAGCAUGACCUCUUACCGUCCCAACCGGGUGAGCAUUGCGUCCCAGAAAAUACCCUACGAGCUUACGCUAAUCUGUUAUAUUUCAAAGGCCGCCCCGUCCGCACCAUAUGGAGCUACCAAGGCUGCCGUCCGCAACAUGUGUCAUACCCUCGCUAUGGAGUGGAGCAAGCACGGCAUCCGCGUCAACAGCAUUUCACCCGGUUUCGUUCGUACCGCCAUGACAUAUUAUGUGGAGACCGCACCCGACUGGGAUCUGAAGAUGCAAUACUACGGCGGUAUGCCUCGUUUGGCCGACCCGCGUGAGCUGGGUGGUGCCUACGUAUAUCUGUUGAGCAAUGCCAGCUCUUAUACAAGUGGUAUCGAUAUUCCGAUUGCGGGUAUUGUCGGUGCGUGGUAA